UGGAAUUUAUGUAACAACGAAUGAAAACAACAGUGGUUGAUAUUUCGUCGGCGGAAUAUUUAGUGAAAUAAUAUUAUUGUAGGACAGAUAUUGAUGGAAUCUAAACUAUAGGAGUCACACUACCGCUACACAAUGUUGGCGAAUACGAUCGCUCGAGCUAAGUUAUUGAAACAUGCAAGUCCUGUAGUGAGUGCGGUCCGCAGUAAGGCAGCCUACGAGGGGGAGGGGAAGACCACGGUGCGCAUCAUCAACCAGGAGGAGGAUGCCGGACUCAUGAUAGACACAUACGCCACGUACGGGUUCAAGCUGAACAACGGGCUCACAGUGCUGGGGCCCAUGGCCAUAUUCCCCAGGACGGUGAUGUCGUGGCAGGUGACGGAGGCGGCGCAGGUCACGGAGCAGUCGCUCGUGCUGUUCAAGCUGCUCGUGCCCAAGAUUGACUUACUCGUGAUAGGUCUAGAAGCGAAGCACCGUAAGCGCGCGGACGCGGUGCGUCGCGCCGCCGCCGCCGUCGGGCUCAACGCGGAGGUGCUGCCCACCGAGCACGCCUGCUCCACCUUCAACUUCCUCAACUCGGAGGGCAGGUCGGUGGCGGGCGCGCUGAUCCCGCCGCUGUUCAUCUCCAACAUGUCGCCCGACGACAUGCUGCACACCAAGCUGCACUACCAGGACGUGUUCAACAAGCCCAUCUGGUAGCACUACCAGGACGUGUUCAACAAGCCCAUCUGGUAGCACUACCAGGACGUGUUCAACAAGCCCAUCUGGUAGCACUAACUACUUAUAGGACAUACUUACUUACUGUAGAGUUAAUAUAAUAAAGUUAUUUAUAUUGUUUA